GGCGAAUAGUCGCUGCAGUUAACAGUGGUAGUUCGGAACGUCCCUGAGCGCGGAGUAGAGGAGAGUACACGGCGAUACAGUCUUUGGGAGGAGAUAGUGCUUAUUUUUCCCCUCUCCCAGCUUUAACAACAAAUUAAAUCCGAUUUUGGUUCAGAGGGUCUUCUAACUACAGCAAUCGAAACGUGGGAGGAACAAAGGAUUUGAUCUGCAAGUUUUUCUUUGGCAUUUGUUUUCUUUUCAUAAAACAGGAUUCUGUUGGAGGCUCGCUCGCACUCUAGACGCAAAGAUGAUGGUUGGAGAGAUCGAGGUGAAGGAGAGACCGAGGCCGAGUCCCGACUAUUUGAUGCAAUUGUUAAACGAAAAGAAGCUGAUGACCAGUUUGCCAAAUCUGUGCGGUAUCUUUACACACCUUGACAGGCUUCUCGAUGAAGAGAUCAACAGAGUGAGGAAAGACAUGUACAACGACACAGCCAACGGACCUGUAGACAAACACCCUCUGGAAUUACCCGAGGCCCUGGGGCCAAUCAUUCAUCUGCAGGAGAAGCUCUUUGUGCCUCUAAAAGAGUACCCUGACUAUAACUUUGUGGGCAGAAUCCUGGGGCCUCGUGGACUCACCGCCAAGCAGCUGGAAGCAGAAACUGGAUGUAAAAUCAUGGUGCGAGGCAAGAGCUCCAUGAGGGACAGAAAGAAGGAGGAGCAGAACAGAGGCAAGCCCAACUGGGAACAUCUGAACGAGGAACUGCACGUCCUGAUCACGGUGGAGGACACACAGAAGCGCUCCGAGAUCAAGAUGAAAAGAGCCUUAGAGGAGGUCAAGAAGCUCCUGGUGCCCGCGGCGGAAGGAGAGGAUAACCUGAAGAAGAUGCAGCUGAUGGAGCUGGCCAUUCUCAACGGGACGUACCGAGACACCAACAUCAAGACACACCCCCUUGCGUUCUCUCUUGCAGCGGCGGCCGCCGCCGCUCAGGGCCCCCGUCUAAUGCAGGCCCCCCAGGGGCAGUUGAUGGCCCCCCAUCAGCAGAUGAGGCCCCCCACACCGGCAGGGCCUCCCAUCAUGAACAUCAUCCGACAACCCCAAAUGCAGGGCAUGUUACCCAAUGGUACCCCAACCCUGGUGCCUCCCUCGCCGGAAGGCGGCAUCCUCUACGCCUCCCCGUACGACUACCCGUACGCCCUGGCGCCCACCUCCCUACUGGAGUACCCCAUCGACCACAAUGGGGUUCUAGGUAAGCGACCCUGGGGCCUGGGCGGCGGUCCCUUUAGCCCCGGACAGGAGGGCAGCUUGUUUUACCCUGGGUUUUUGGACGCGGCUUCGAUGAGCCACGGUCAAGACUUGUUGAAAGGUGCAAUGGCUACUAAAAUGAGACGACAUGACUCGCGCGUCCAUCCUUACCAAAGGAUUGUGACCGCAGACAGAGCCGCCACCGGCAACUAACACAUGACCUUCUGACCUCUGAACUCUUCACCCAAUGACGAGCCGCCCCAAGCCUGCCUGCUGAUCAGUUAACUGGUAAUUGCCUUUUGCUAGCCUCUCGGGACGCAGUGAGAAAGAGGCGCCUGCCCUUAGUUACCCUAACAAGUUUUUUUGUUUUUUUUAAACAUUUGAAAAAAACGAUACACAUCAUAAACUCAUUGAAACACAUCAAACCCAAGUUAUUAUUUGAUUGAUUUCUGUUCAUUGAGUUGAAUUCCCAUUCUCUCUCUUUCUUUUUCUUCAUGAAUCACAAACUGGAGGGAUGUGUGUGUGUUACUAAUGAAUCUGCACUGAAUUUAAAAUGUGUAUAUAUAUAUAUAUAUAUAUAUAUAUAUAUAUAUAUAUAUAUAUAUAUAUAUAAUCUCAAUAAAGAUCCCAUCCUCCCUGUCGACCGCCCCAUACCUGCUCUGAUUCGGUGACCUCACUAAUAAUUACUGAACAAUGGUAAACGGGAACUGAACCCAAACGGUAUGCCCCCAGUCCCUCUUUCCCUCCCCAUUCCACACUUCCUUGUGGGUCAUUUGAAAGAAAAGGAAAUAGAAGGAAAGAGAAACUACACUCACACCAACUUGUUGAUUCUCUGUCAUUUUCCUAUGUAAUCGUGCAUUAUGAACCCCUGAGACGAUAAUGUGCUGACACAUUCUGGGUGUGCCCUCCACGGCUGUCUGUUAAAAGCAUGGCUAAAUUGACUGCAAAUGGAGCUUAUAAUUCGUUUUUAUGUUAUGUUUUUCUUUGGUUUUACUUGAUUUUUCUGUUUUCUCGUUAAUUCAUUCUAAUGAGCUCUUUUUGUGAAGGACUAGCCAGACAAAGCAGGUUGUAAGAACUUAAAAGGUAGCUUUUGAAGUGGCAGGCCUAUCGUGGGCAGUUAGCGGAAGCUAGGUGGGGUGCUGGGGCAGGGUGAUAUAGGGAAGAAUCAGCGGUGUUUCUAUUACUAUAAUGAAAGUAGGAUGAGUUGAGGGCACAGUGGAUAUAUAGUCAACUAGCUACUGAACUAUGCUCCUCCACACUGUGUCCAAGUAUACCGUGCCUGAUGUAUUCAGAGAAAUGAUGCGAGCUGUGAUCUAAAAGACAAAAAAAAAAGUAUUGUGUGCAUAUUUAGCCAAAGGGUUUCCAGUUGAAUUAUAUCUACAUAAAUAUGUAUCUAACCGCAGAGGGCUCUCUGUCAUUUUAGCGUUUGAAAGGGUGUGAUUUCAUGCUUGCGUAAGUAAAGCUCUAGUUUCCCAUCAAGAGACAAAGGCGAUUAACAAUAAAGAUGGCUACUGGUGGAGGGGGGGAUCCUGAUAGUGAAGUUUUGUAUAUAUUUCAUUUUCUCUUUUUUUGAUUUAGCCUUUUUGUUUUUGGUUGUAUCUACACCCCUGGCAAAAAAAUGCAUUCUCAUUUUGCGUUUCAGCAUUUGGCCAAUUCUCUACGCUCGUGUGUUUUUGUAGUUUUCUUUUAAUCUCUUUCCAAUUUGAUACCAAUCAAGUCAUCCUGGGGGACGGGAUACUUGCCCUCAUGCAAAUAUGCCUGUUUGAAUUUAAAUGACUUUCAGGGGAAAUGUAUUUAUUUUUAACCCUCACCAUACCAGUUUGAAGUCCCUCAAUUAGCACAUCCACAAUGUGUCUCCAUGAAGGUAUAGUCCCUGAGCCCUGACCGUUUCUUUAACUCUUUCUCAAGAACAAAAAUAGGAUGUGAAAGCCAUGCCUGCCUGUUCAAAUUGCUUUAUACAUACCUGUUAUAUAUAUACAUACACACACACACACACAGAGUGAGAGAGAGAUACAUGUAGAUACCUGUCAUUACAUAUUAAAGAUGGAGAACAAAAUGAAAUACUCUUACAGGGUGCUGGAGAAGAAAACAUAUAUAUUUUUGGCAAUUUUAGCUUUUUAUACUUGCAGUUACAAAAUAUGGAAAAAAAAGUUAAAAAAAAUAGUAUGCAGAAAAAGGACAUGUGGCAAAAAUGCUGUGUUACUUUGGAUAUUAUUGGCUUGGAAAAUAAAAAAUAAAGACCAAAAUAGUCAUACCUAGGAACAUUGCAAGGAUGUAAGUGUUACGAAGAGGGGUUGAGCGAGACACAGAAAAUAUUUUUUAGUUUUUAAGUUAGAAGAAGUGCCUUAUUGACGGUUGUUUCUUUUUCCAAGUGUUAACAUUCUGUUCAGUGAUAUCCAGCAACAACUAGGAAACUGCAGAGAGGAACGGCUUCUGUAUGCGCUCUGAAGAGUUGAGCAGGGUAGCUCCGUCAUUAUUGCUGAGCUACUGAAGUUAUUCUAUGCAAAAAGAAUAGCAGUCGUAUGACCAGCUAAAAUAUGUGCCAUGGUUCGUCUUCCCAAGUAUAAGUUCAGUUUUUUUGUUUUCUUUUUUUAUCUUUGGCCCUUUUCUCUGCCAUCGGAACACGUUUCAUUUCUUAUUUCUCUGCAUUUUGAUUUAACGUGUUAUCCUUGUCUUGUUUUCUGGUAACUGUGAUUAUUCUACAAAGAACAAACUGCCAAUAGCAAUGCAGAAGUCUGCCAGGACAUUAGGAACAUUUAUGAAUAAAUUGAAUAUAAAAUGAGAUUAAGCGGGGAAAAGCUGUUUGCAUGUAUACCUCUGUUUCAAAAUCGGCAAACUGAAAACAUCCACUCUAACAAUGCUUUCUCACUACUGUUGGGGAAUGUAGCCAACCCGUUUUAUAAUCGACCUAAAGACCUGAGAGGGUUUUCCCAGAUGCAGUUCGGAGCUCUUCAGAUUGGGAGGGGGGGGCUGGAUGUAUUGAUUUCUAUGUUAGUCAAUAUGUAGCCAUUCUGAAAGUGAUCGACAUACAGCAGGACGAUAUAGCAGAGACUAGAAAAACUCCUUGCCUCCCUACAGCUAAAAUGAUGAGGCCGUCUGCACUCUUAAGGGCCUUACUACUGAGUAGUGUUGGUUCCAGGUGUGAAUACUGGAAGAGGUGAAAACCCACACAUGGUAGAACAAACGAUUACAUCCAAAACUGAGGCUUGAAUGCGAAAUAUAGACGGUUAUUAGAAUAUCAUGCCCCAAAAAUCAUAGUGCGAGAAAGUGCAUCAAUGAAAGGUGAAAACAAAAGUUUUGUCCUUAGGUCAUCUCACACAACUUCACAGCCAAGCAGUUUGCACUUAUUGAAACAAAAGGGGUAUAUCUAAUCAAAGAAAAAAAAUACUAUAAAAAAUCAAUUGAGACAUGAAUUAUAAAGUAUUUUACCUUCCCUGGCAGUCUGAUACUAUUUAUUUUUCUCAUACAUGCUUUACACAGAAAAGGUCAAUUUGUUUUCAGUGUUUAUGAAUUAUUCUUAAUUUAAAAAAUAAAAUAAAAAAUAAUGAUUUUUUAGAAAUGCAAUAUUAACAUGGAGCAAGAUAUGACAAGCAUUUUGACAGUAUUAAGAAAUAUUCCCUCAUACAAUGGCACAGCGUGUUGUAACAUUGCAAAGGUUGGUUUAGUUCAUCAGGUAUAUGGUGAAAGCUACCGUAUUCUCUGGCCUGCCUAGUACGAUGUAUGAUAAUGUAAUUUACAGCCAUUGUUAAAGGUUUAUAAUGUAUUUUUCUAAUCUCAUUUUAUAUGUAUAUUAUAAAAUCCUUUUUCUGACUUUUUGUUGUUGUUGUUGAUGAAGCCCACUGCAACUUGUUUUUCAACCCACACCCCUUUCUUGAAAUCUGUCCCUCAUUAGGAGUGUUUCCUUUCCUGGAGUUAGAAUUAGUUUUCUUGCCAACUCCUAGCUUGUUUAACUCAUUAGCGACUUUUCGUUUCUUGUCAUAAGUAUUUUUACAUGCUUGCUUUUUAGUUUUCAUGGUGUGUGCUGUUAUAUUUCUUAUUAACCCCUUGGCAUUUAUUUUAAUAAAACAUUCUUAGUAAGAAUUUUA